AAGCAAACAAGGUAUUUCAGAGAGAGAGAGAGAGAGAGAGAGAGAGAGAGAGACAGAGACAGAGACACAGUUAAAGCAAUAAGAGUAGCUGCGUACAAUAAGACGCGCGUAAAGCGGUUUUGGGAUUCACUGUGAUUCUCUCUGUGAGAAAAUCUGAAGCAGCAAGGAGAAAGCGGUCUUGGAAGCUAAGGAAGGUGGUUUUGUAACGUUUGUAGAGAAAGAUUGGUGGUUUUGCGUUACCGUUUUGGAUCUCGCAGUCGUUACGUGCAGAGAAGGAGAGAGAGAAGUUGUGUGUAAAGCGUGGUAGAGGAAUCCAAAAGUCGCUGUUUUCUUUUGGGAUAAAAUCGUAAUAAAGGCUUGUUAAUAAUCGUCAUUAUUGUGUGCUUAUGACAAUGAUUAUCUCUGUAUAUAAUGAGUUAAAGUAGGGAGAAGAAAGAGAAAGGGCUGUUAAUCGAGCUUUUUUGAGUUUUUUCUUGAUUUGGUUUUGGUGGCUGUUGACUUCUGGAGUACUGGUGGACUGGUGGCGGAGGUGUUGGUUAAAGUGAUGGCUACCCGGGGAGGGUCGUUUUCGCAGCCAAUUGGUGUUUCGCCUGAAGGUUGUGGAGGAGAUGAUUUAUAUACGGAGCUAUGGAAGGCGUGUGCAGGUCCGCUUGUUGAGGUUCCCCGAGCUGGCGAGAAGGUCUUCUAUUUUCCACAGGGGCACAUGGAGCAAUUAGAGGCAUCGACAAAUCAGGAACUGAAUCAGAGGACGCCAUUAUUUAAUCUUCCUUCGAAGAUUCUGUGUCGUGUUGUUCACAUUCGGCUGCUGGCGGAGCAAGAAACAGAUGAUGUUUAUGCACAAAUUACUUUGCUUCCAGAGCCAAAUCAAACUGAGCCUACAAAUCCUGAUUCGUGCCCUCCUGAACCUCCAAGACCAACUCUUCACUCUUUCUGCAAAGUUUUAACCGCAUCAGACACAAGCACCCAUGGUGGGUUCUCUGUUCUGCGAAAGCAUGCCACCGAAUGCCUUCCUCCACUGGACAUGACCCAGUUGACCCCAACUCAGGAGUUAAUUGCUAAGGAUCUCCAUGGAUAUGAAUGGCGAUUCAAGCAUAUCUUCAGAGGUCAACCACGGCGGCACUUGCUGACAACAGGAUGGAGUACGUUUGUCACAUCUAAAAGAUUAGUUGCUGGGGAUUCCUUUGUAUUCCUUAGGGGAGAGAAUGGAGAGUUGCGAGUUGGGGUGAGGCGUGUUGCUCGUCAGCAGAGCAGCAUGCCAUCAUCAGUGAUUUCAAGUCAAAGCAUGCAUCUGGGAGUGCUUGCAACUGCAUCUCAUGCUGUUUCGACCCAAACUCUCUUUGUAGUUUAUUAUAAGCCGAGGUAUGAUAAUUUAUUAGCAAUUGUUUGGAUUAUAGAUCUGUGUUCAAGUGCAUCUGGUCCUUGGAAUUCUGGAUUGCAACAGUCCCAUGAUUUUACGCAAUUGAGUGUUAGUGCUGAAGGCAAAAGAAAUGAAGAUCAUGUUAUUCGGCAUCACAAGCAGACAGAUCUUAGCAGCAACAGGAACUCCAUUUCAAGGACACAGAAUGAAGCAGGCUGGUUACCAUCUGCCCAUUUGGGUAUUCAUCCACAUUUGUAUCAGGAUGUCACAGAGGAUAGCAAAAGUAUCUCCACAUGGCCUGUUCUAACAGGUUAUUCUAUCAUACAUUCAUCAAAGCUGAACAACAAUCCAAUUCUUGACCCAGGGGAAAAGGGGAAGAAGUCUGACACAUUGGCUAGCUGUAGAUUGUUUGGCUUUGAGCUUAAAAAUCACUGCACUAGCAAUGUUCCAGUGGAGAAGGCAUCACCUGUGCAACACAUCAGUGUUGACAGUGGAACCACUGAGGGGCUUCUUAUUAGUGGCUUGUCAGCAGCUGAUUCAGACCAAAAAUCUGAGCUUUCUAAGGCCUCUAAAGAGAAGAAACAGGAGCAAGCACAGGUAUCGGCAAAAGAGAUCUAUAGCAGGCAAAGUUGUUCCACUUCUACCCGAAGUCGUACCAAGGUCCAGAUGCAGGGUGUAGCUGUUGGUCGGGCUGUGGACCUAACCAUUUUGAAAGGAUAUGAUCGUCUCAUAGAUGAGCUUGAGAAAAUGUUUGACAUCAAAGGGCAGCUUCAUCCAAAGGAAAAGUGGGAAAUUGUCUACACUGAUGACGAAGGGGAUGUGAUGCUUGUGGGAGAUGACCCCUGGUCUGAAUUCUGCAACAUGGUGAAGAGAAUAUUUAUAUGUUCAAGGGAGGAUGUGAAGAAGAUGAGUACAGGAAGCAAAUUGCCAAAGUCCUCCAUGGAGGGUGAAGCGACGGUGAUAAGUUCAGAUUCAGUGGAAAACUGAAAUAUAACCCUUGAUCUUUCUCUUUGAGAUUAAUGUUUUCUUUUUCCCCAUUCUUGGUUGUUUGUUUGUUUUAGGGGAGAGUAGGUUCUGCUUUUCCUUGGUGUUUCUUUUUCGGGCUGUAGAGCAGUGGGAAGGAGACAAAUUGCUAAUUGAUUAUAGCUCGGUUUUUGGAGCUAACCACAAAUGGAUAGUCAAAAGAAAUUGACUUGGACCGAGAGAUCUGAAUGCAUUAGCGGAAGUUAGAGGAAGCAUAGGAGUAGAAAAUGUGAAUAUUGAUGUAUGGGAUUGGAGGAAGCCUGUGUCUAUUGUUGUAAAUAGAUUUGUGCUUUUGGUCGUUGGAGAUUUUCGGUGUUCAUUAAAUAUUUAAGCUGAUUACUGCAUUUGUUUUGGGGGAAAUGAAAACAGAACCGCAUGUAACAUUUAGGAAAA